AGUCAGCUGGGCAAUGUUUACAUCCAGCGCUGCUCGCGCUCAACGUUUAUGUGCAGAAGCCGAGAUAAAGAAACAAGAGGAGGAAACUGACUAAAUGAACCUCGUUAACAGACCACAGUCUUUCUUUUAAUUCAUCGAUUUUGCUUGGUCGACUGUAAAGUCGUCGAGGUGCUUUCGUGUGAAAACCCAUAGCGUCCAUUCCUAUUUCCCCCGUCUUUGCCUCCAUUUUCACUUGUUUCCUUUGCAGAAGGGCUAAAAUGGGAGGCGCUGUCAGUGCAGGGGAGGACAACGACGAGCUGAUUGACAACCUGAAGGAGGCACAAUACAUUCGCUCUGAUUUGGUCGAACAUGCCUUCAGGGCUAUCGAUCGUGCCGAUUACUAUCUGGAAGAGUUCCAUGACAGUGCCUACAAGGAUCUGGCCUGGAGACACGGCAACAUCCACCUCUCUGCACCUUGUAUCUACUCUGAGGUGAUGGAGGCCUUAGACCUACAGCCUGGCCUGUCGUUUCUCAACCUCGGCAGUGGCACGGGCUAUCUCAGCACCAUGGUGGGACUUAUACUAGGGCCAUUUGGUGUAAAUCAUGGUGUUGAAUUGCAUGAAGAUGUUAUAGAGUAUGCUUAUCAGAAACUGGACUUCUUUAUCAAGACAAAUGAGAGUUUUGACAGGUUUGAGUUCUGUGAACCGUCCUUUGUGGUGGGGAACUGUCUUGAGAUUGCCCCCGAAAGUAAGCAGUACGACAGGGUUUACUGUGGCGCAGGGGUCCAGAAGGAACAUGAGGACUAUAUGAAGAAGUUGUUGAAAAUCGGGGGUAUCUUAGUACUGCCCUUGGAGGAAAAGCUCACUAAAAUUACUCGGACGGGUUAUAACGCAUGGGAAUCGAGAAAGAUUAUUGCUGUGUCCUUUGCACCACUUGUGCUCCCAAAACACAGAGAAAAUGGCAAACCUAGACCGGUGUCCUUGCCUACCAUGUUUGAGGUGCGGAGUCUUCAGGAUUUGGCUCGUGUCAAGAUCCGGCACAUCCUGAAGAAAUCUGGGUCUGGAUCCCUGCCACUACCCAGGAGAACCGGAUACAAGAGAAGACAUAACCUGAAACAUAAACGAGAGCACCGCGAUACGGCUCUGCUGACCAACAGUUAUUUAUUCAUGAGUCGUCUGAUCCCCGGACCAAUGGAUAACAACAACAACCAGUCAGCAACAGACAAUGAAGAUGAUGAAGACGAAGACUGCAGGGGGGGGUGUGAACAAGAGGAGAAAGAGGAGAAUGUGAGGAGGAAGGAGGGUAGCGUUUUGGUGAUAGAGACUCCUGUUAACAUCUUGAGGGAGAGGAUUCUCAGCCUUCCCCUCCCAGAGCCUCUCAAGAUGUAUCUUCUUUACUACAGAGAGAAGUAGACCACAUUUCCCAGAGUCAUGUUAUUAAAUACCCACAGAUCCCUUGCACUAUCAAACCUAUUUUUUUUUUGUCAACCACUUUCUUUCAAAAUGAAAUCAUUCCAUUUUUCCAAGGCAAGGUUCCCUUAAAGAAACAGAAAUUAUUUUUUGUCUUCAUUUACUCACCCUCAAGUUGUUCAAAAUCUGUAUAAAUGUCUUUGUUCUGAAGAACACAAAGAAAGAUAUUUGGAAGGAUGCUUGUAAUCAAACACGGAGUACCAUAGUAGGAAAAUUGCUUUAUGAAUUUGUUAAAUUGAACACAAAAGAUAUUUUUCGAAGAAUGUAGGAAAGCAAACAGUUCUGGGGCACUUUUGACUACCAUUGUUAUUUUUCCUGCUAUGGUAGUCAAUGGUGGCCAUGAACUGUUGGGUACAUGCAUUCUUCAAAAUAUCAUUCUCGGCGUUCCUCAAAAUAAAACAUUUAUACAUGGAAAACUUGGGUGAGUAAAUAAAGACAGAAUUUCUAUUUUUGGGUGAACUGUUCCUUUAACGUUCAAGAACGUUUUAGGUUGUGUACUGUUUUGCUCACUUCCACUAGAACAUUCCACCCGAUUGCUCUAUUACUGUUACUAUUUGAUCAAGAUACAUAUACAAUGUUAUUCUGGGUGGAUCAAUCUCAUUAGGCUUUGUGAUGGUUUAAAACAUCUAGAUUUAGAGUCUGUAGUACUAACAAUCGUCAUUGAAUCAUGUCGGUUGUGGUGAGUGACUUUAAAUGAACACUGAAGGACAAAUAUUAAACAAAGGUGGCUAAUCAUUUACUAAAUCAUAACCGCGACGUUAUAUGCCUACUGGCUUCAAUUUUCACAAAGAUCUACUAUAGCAAUUACUUGUUCAUAUUUAAAUCAAAAUGUCAGUCUCAAUGUAUUCAUAGUUUAUGCAUAGUAAAACUUUCAAUAUGUUGAAUGCAAGCUAUUAUAGCUAAUUAUAUUCUUCUGGCGUAUGAAUUUGUAAAAUCAAAUGUUUUGUGUGAUUUUAAAGUUUUUGUCUAACAAUCAACACGGUCAAAGAUUUUCAGGAAUUAUAUCCAAAGUGUUUUAUCAGUUUAAUCCUUUCAUGCAUAGGUUGCUGCAGUGUACAGCUUUUUUUUAUUAAACGCAUUUAGUUUUGGUGUUCCUAAUUCUGUUUUUGCCUUGACCUGAAUUUUGUUCAGUGAUGGAGGACACAAAAAUAAAAAAAACGUUUUAGUUCUAUUGUUACGGUAAUGUCAAACCCUUUAUUACAGUAAAGGGUUUUGAUAUUUCAGUUUAAGGACAAGUUCCUUUAAGUUGCAAAUCUAUUUAACAUUUUAACACUCUCAUUUUAUCAAGUGUUCUGCAACUUGGUACACAUAAUGCAUUACAUUGCAAACGAGUGUGAACGUGGCAAAUACAACUCGUGUUUAUUUUAGGUGGGUGUCAAAUGUUGAAAAUACCAAAUGUCCAAAACGGCUUGUAUGAGGCGGAUUGCAAAGUUUACAAAAUGUCCAACGAGAGCAUAACAACAACAACAUUAAGCAUGGAUGUAUUCAGAGACAUAAAUGGACACUGUAGUCUCUGCAGCCAUUUAAUGUAACAAUAAAUGAAAUGUAAACACU